CGGUGGGCUGUCGGAUUCAAACCGGGAGCGUUCGGCCUGCGGUCGGUUGGUCGCAGUCGAGUCGUUGGCUUGGCCCGACGUGGACGUGUGGUCCUGCUGCGCCCGCUCUUCGAGCCCCGUCGCUCCCGCCCGCCCGCAGGAUGGCUCACAAGCAGAUCUACUACUCGGACAAGUACUUCGACGAGCAUUACGAGUACCGGCAUGUCAUGCUACCCAGAGAACUUUCCAAACAAGUACCAAAAACCCAUCUGAUGUCUGAAGAGGAGUGGAGGAGACUCGGUGUCCAGCAGAGUCUAGGCUGGGUCCACUACAUGAUUCAUGAGCCGGAACCACAUAUUCUUCUCUUUAGACGACCUCUUCCAAAAGAACAACAAAAAUGAAGUAUAUCUGGGGAUCGUCAAUUAAAUCUUCUUCAAAUUUAAUGUAUAUGUGUAUAUAAGGUAGUAUUCAGUGAAUACUUGAAAAAUGUACAAAUUGUUCAUCCAUUCCUGUGCAUAAGCUGUAUUCUUCACAGCAACAGAGCUCAGUUAAAUGCAACUGCAAGUAGGUUACUGUAAGGUAUUCAAGAUAAAUUUCUUCUAGUCAGUUUUUCUCUUAAUAUAAGUGCCUGUUUGACUUUGCCUGUUAUUUUUGUUAAAUAAAGUUUAUAUGUUGCAUUUA